UGAGAGUUAAAAAAAAUUUAUCUCGGUAGAAAAAAAAGGGGGUAAAUUUCCAUCGGUUAAGUAUUUGUUGAUUUGUUCAUUUAUACGUUGACGAUCAGCAAUUUGUACUUUGUUUUAUUUACAUUCAAAUCGUUGGCUUCGGAUUAUAAACUUCAUUUCUCCGAUAUUUGAGUUACUUGUCCCAACGGAUUCGUGAUAUCAGCAGAGAUUGCACUUAGAGUAAAGCUUCAGAAAGCAACUAGCCUCGGUUGUGAAACAACUGCUUAUUGAGACUCGUCUUCAAUUGAAUUUAGUGUUAGAAGUUCUUAAUUCGUUUGGUAAUUGGAAAAAUGAGCCAACCAAAUCCUGUGGACUCUGAACUUGUCUAUCAAUGGAUUGCAAAUUUAUGCGAUACGGAUGAACGUCUUGUUGCCAUGUUGGAAUUGUUUGAGCGACGCAGUCAGUUGCCCGGAUUGGGUCCAUUACUUUGGCAUGCCUUUGGUGCUGUGGCCGGGCUACUGCAGGAAGUGAUUGCCAUCUAUCCAUCGGUGAUGGUCAAUGAAAUCAACCCAAUGCAGUCGCAGCGUGUAUGUGCAGCCAUUGGUCUAUUCCAGACAAUUGGCUCGCAUCCGGAGACUGGCUUGCUGCUUCUACGCUCCCAUUUGAUGUCGUAUUUGAUGCCACUACUGAAGAUGACACCCCAAACGCUGGCCGUGGAGCAUGUACGUCUCUCGGUGCUUGGUGUCGUGUGCGGCAUGCUGAAAUUGGAUUCGGGAGAGAUAGUCUGUUUCUUUCUGGGCACAGAGCUAAUGCAUUUGGUGUUGCGUCACUUGGAAUUGGGUUCCACCAUGAGUAAAGUUCUCUCUGGCUUUAUACUGCAUCGUAUUCUGGAGCACGAUGUGGGACUCAAGUUCGCCUGUCGCUACCAGGCACGACGCCUUCAUUUAGUCCAUACAUUGGGUCGCGUUGUCCAUCAAAUGACUCUGGAACCCGAGCCGUCUGUAUUUAAGCAUGUGGUUCGCAUUUGUAUACGUCUGGCCGAUAAUCUGCAAGGACUUGGCCUACUGCAGCGGCUAAUGCCGCAGCAACUACGUAAUGGACACUUUUGUCGGAUCAAACUUCCCGGCUAUGAGCAAGCACCUGCAGAUUUGGCUGAAUUGAAUCGUAAAGUGGGUCAGGCACACGAUUCGAAUAGGAAAACUGGUGCCACAGAAAAUAUCAACUCGAAGACCGUCUAAUUGGCAAUUCACACUUCAACAAAUCCUUGCCAUAUAAGUGAUUUCCAUAUAAUACAAAUAUACAUAUAUAAAGAUAUUAUCGGAGCAGACGCAUCAACAUGUAAA